AUGAAUAAGCUGACGUAUCCUUUCGAAUCAAAAUCCUCGCUUAGUGAUGAUCUGAAAAUUGAAAGAAAAAAAGCUUCAACGUCUUUGGCUGUGAAAUGGGCUCACACCGUAAACUCUCAACACUUGCUCGAUGAGGCUUUAAAUGGUGAUUUUAAUGUGGUCGAACCUGAUAUAACUCUUGGUAAAAUAUUAAAAGAUGGCUCAGUUCUGUCUAAAGUCGCCCAUCCUCGGCUUAUAAGCUCUGAUUUAAGCUUAGGUUCUUUUCUUGUACAAGUGAAACUAUUUAAUCUUGAUGAUCCUGACAAAAUUAAAUGCAUCAAAUUGGAUUUCAAAUCGAUAGAAGCGUUUGAUGCAGCUCUUGAUAGAUUAAAGCGCACGAUACCGAAGAUGAAUCAUCCUAUUUGGUUGAGUGCCGAUAUUGCUGAGUGUCCUGUUAAUGAUUCUCAUAUUCCAUCUAUAGAGGCAAAACGCUUUCCGACUAGCUGUCAGAAAGCACAAUUUAAACAGGCUGUUCUUUCGCUCGGCUGGACUACCCAAUGGAGUGAAGAUCCUAUCGAAGGAGGCUCUUAUACCUCUAAGCAUAUCGCAGCUACGCUUACUCUUAUGAAAGAAAACAAUAUCGUCGAUGCCGGACAUUGCAUUACGUUUCCAUUGCGGGCUGGCGUAGCUGCCAAUAGCGAGUCGGUCUUGCAUGACCUUAUUCGAUCCGCUGAAGCAACAAAUGACUGUACCAUUACCAUAUGGUCCGCUCCGUUUGAUUACGUUAGCUUUAAAAAAUUGAGACAAUUGAUUUUACUUUGCGGCACAACGAAGAUCUAUCUUGAUGUUCCCACUGAUCAAUCGAACUUAUCAGCUCUACGUUUGAUCGCAAACUUGUUGCGUUCGUUUACUAAACGCUCUCCACUGUACUUUAGUGUAGGUAGUCUAGUUAUGUUUUUAAUUAGUUUAUUAUUAAAAAAAUCCAAUUUCUGA